GCCAAAAGCAGUGGCGGCGUCUAUCAGCCUUUCUUUGCCGUCUUGUUUUCUAUCCACUACCAUCUAUUCCUAUCUCUGCUUUCCCCGUCGUACUAACAGACGACACUGAUGCCUCUCAAUUACUCUAAGUGGGAUCAGCUCGAGCUUUCAGAUGAUUCCGACAUCGAGGGACACCCCAAUGUCGAUAAAAAGUCCCUGAUACGUUGGAAACAGCGGGACAUCCACGAGAAACGAGAGAAAAGAAAACAACAGAUCGCCUACCUUCGCCACCAAAUUACCAUGAACAAUGUUCUUCUUUCUCGUGUCGAAGAGAUUCACACUAAACUCACAUCACCAUCGACCUCGUCUCCAUCUGCGUAUUUCAAUACAUUGGUCGAAAAGCUUGAAAAGAAUCCGUCCAAUGAAGGACCCCCGGGAGCCGAUACGUCGUAUAGUGAGCAGACUUAUGACGGCAUGAUCUUGUCAUUGUUGAACCAAGUCACGGAUGAGGUCAAGAGUGGCUUGAAGGACCCGAGCAUUGUGGAGAGUGAGAAGGACGAGAAGCUGGUCAAGGGGCUCUCUGAGGGCGUUCUUCGUCAUGUCACGGGGCUGAAGGAAACCAUUCAGAAGGAGGAGAAGGAACUCGAGACAGAAGAGAAAGAGCAGAAAAAGCACAUCACCAUGGAUGACCUCCAUGAUGGCUUUGACACUCAUUACGUUGCCCCGAAGCCGACUCCAGCAUCGAUUCCCACUACAAAGAUCGAGAAUCCCAAGAAGAAGACAACAACAGCAACCGAAUUUGAAACCCUGAACCCUCAAGCUUCAAGUUCUGCGCUGCUCCCGCCUUCCGAUGAUGCUGAAGAUCUUGAAGAGGGGGGAGAAUCCGUGCCGGACAUGACACUUACACUCGAGGAAUUUUCCAGGCUGCCUCUUUUCGCUUACGAGCGCUCCUUCCGGUUCAUCCAAGACCAUCCGGAUGUUAUCGUAGACGGUGCUUCUGACGCGCUCCUCGUUGCUGCCUUCAGGGCCCAGAAUGGCGCUAACCCGAAGUAUGCCAAACAGUGUGUGCACCAGAGUCUUCUUUUGCAAUAUUGCGAGAAACUGGGAAGUGAUGGAGUUCGCGUAUUCUUCAAGAAAAUGAUUGCCGGAGACAAACGUGCCGAGAAGGUUUUUGUUGAGGAUGUCGAGAAGACCUAUGCCCUUCUCCAACAUAGGGUUAAAGUCAGUAACGAAGAGGAGGCCGCUGUUGGUGGAAGGGAACAGAUACAGCUUGUUCCCGAGAGUGGCGACCAGUCAAUCUCGUUCAAUGUUCCCGACGGUCCUCCUCCAGAGGAACUCGUGUACGAGGGUCCCGAUGCCGAGUCUGUUGACAUUGAAGAAGUCCGGAAGGCACUGCAACUCCGAUGGGAUGUUUUCCAGUCGUUCCCGAAGAAAUUGCAAAAUGCGCUGAAGGAGAACUCACUUAACCAUGUCAACAAGGUACUUGGAGACAUGGAAGUUUCUGAAGCAGAAAGCGUCGUCCAGCAAUUAGAUAUGGCGGGUAUCCUGAACUUUGCAGACGGGGGAAGUGUCAGGGACGAGACUGGGAAAAGCGGGCCCACCGCUGCUGAUUCGAUUGAUUAA